AAAAAAAUCUAAAAUACACCAAAUUUAAAAAUUGUCCCACGUGUGAGGAUGAUUUGGUCCUUUCACAAGAGACUUCAUUAGCUCAUAUAUUACACUAUUGAAAAUGCAUAAAACUAUGGUGAGAAACUUAGCCAUGGCAAGGCUAAGCUCCUCCUCCUCCUUCUCCUUCCUCUUCUUCACUUUCUGCAUACUUUUCAUCCCAUCUUGCAGCCUUGGCGAAUGCCAGCGGGUCGGAAAACACGUUGCGUUGUACGUUUUCGGGGACUCUUUCUUAGAUUCCGGCAACAACAACUACAUCAACACCACCACUCUUGACCAAGCUAAUUUCCGGCCAUAUGGAGAGACCUUUUUCAAGUUUCCGACCGGCCGGUUCUCCGAUGGCCGUUUGGUGUCCGACUUCAUUGGCGUUGACUUUGUGACUCUUGUGUUGUUGGGGGGUGGGGUAGCUGAAUAUGCGAAACUGCCGUUGAUAAGUCCAUUUCUAGAGCCAGGCGUGAAGAAGAAAUAUGAUGAUGGUGUUAACUUUGCUUCUGCCGGAGCUGGGUCUCUCUCUCAGACUUUUCAAGGCCAGGUAAUCAAUCUGUGCACACAAUUAAGGUACUACAAUAAGGUAGUUGGAUUGUUAAGACAAAAAUUAGGGAAUGAGGAGGCCAAGAAGACAUUGUCAAGUGCUGUCUACUUGUUUGGGGUUGGAACCAAUGAUUACAUCAGCCUUUUCUUAACCAAUUCCACCUUUCUCAACUCCUUUUCUAAUUCCCAAUAUGUUGGAAUGGUCAUUGGCAACUUAACUAUGGUAAUCAAAGAGGUCUAUAAAAAAGGCGGGAGAAAAUUCGGAUUUUUGAAUUUGGGUCCAUUGGGUUGUCUUCCAGGCAUAAGGAUAAUCAAACCAGAAGACAAUGGUGGCUGCUUAGAAGAAGCUUCACAACUUGCUAAUUUACAUAAUGAAGCACUCUCAAAACUUCUCUCACAACUAGUGAACCAAUUAAAGGGUUUCAAAUAUGCUCUUUAUGACUUCAACAGCAAUCUCAGGCUCAAAAUGAAUCAUCCUUCCAAAUAUGGUUUCAAGGAAGGCAAAAUAGCAUGCUGUGGAACAGGGAGGUUCAGGGGAACAUUCAGCUGUGGAGGGAAAAGGCCAGUGAAGGACUAUGAGCUGUGUGAUAACCCAAAUGAGUAUGUGUUUUGGGACUCUUUCCAUCUCACUGAAAAGGUUCACAAACAAAUGGCUGAUCAAAUAUGGAAUGGAAACCCUAAUGUUGUCAAGCCUUACAAUCUAAAGAAUCUAUUUCAAUGCCUCCAGUAACAUCUUUGCCUACUAAGAUUGUGUUUGGAUCGUGAGAUGUGAUCAAUCAAACAUGUAGCACCUACAUAAAUAGGAUGGAUUGGAUUUUCGAUUCGGAUACUUGGAUAGACUAGAUUCAUAUACAAGUUAUCUCUUAUUGAAUUUUUCAUGAUUGAAUCAGGUUUAGAUUUAAAUUA